GUGUGAAGGGGGGGCUCCGGGGGGCGGGUCCCUGUGCCGCUGACGUCCCGAGCAGUGCUGGGAAGUAUAGGCUGUGUUGUCACGCCGGUGUCAGUCUGAUGAAGAUUGGCAUCAGGUGAAGUCUGGAGCAGGACUCUGAGGCUUUCCGUCCUCCAUGCGGCUCACCAGAAAAGGAACUGCGAACUGUGAUUUGGCUCUAGCUGACAGGAAGAAUUUCUGGCCCAGCUGGAAGUGAGAAGAGGGAGUGAGUCUCCUGAGGGCCAUCCUAGAGGCUGCCAGGAUCACCCGAACAAUCCUCGAUGUGAAUCAAUCCCAUGAUGCAACAUGCCUCCCCAGCCCCUGCUCUGACGAUGAUGGCCACGCAGAAUGUCCCUCCCCCACCCUACCAGGACAGCCCGCAGAUGACGGCAACUGCUCAGGCACCCUCCAAGGCCCAGGCUGUCCACAUCUCGGCACCCUCGGCUGCUGCCAACACGCCUGUGCCCAGUGCCCCCAUUGACCCCCAGGCCCAGCUGGAGGCUGACAAGCGAGCUGUGUACAGGCACCCUCUUUUCCCGCUCCUGACGCUGCUGUUUGAGAAAUGUGAACAGGCCACCCAGGGCUCUGAGUGCAUCACCUCCGCCAGCUUUGAUGUGGACAUCGAGAACUUUGUCCACCAGCAGGAGCAGGAGCACAAACCCUUCUUCAGCGAUGACCCAGAACUGGACAAUCUGAUGGUGAAGGCAAUCCAGGUCCUGAGAAUCCACCUGCUGGAGUUGGAGAAAGUCAAUGAACUCUGCAAGGACUUUUGUAAUCGUUACAUCACCUGCCUCAAAACCAAGAUGCACAGCGAUAACCUGCUCAGGAAUGACCUCGGGGGGCCCUACUCCCCCAACCAGCCCUCCAUAAACCUUCACUCCCAGGACCUCCUGCAGAAUUCCCCCAAUUCCAUGUCUGGAGUCUCCAAUAACCCCCAGGGGAUUGUGGUCCCAGCCUCAGCGCUCCAGCAGGGCAACAUCGCCAUGACAACCGUCAACUCACAAGUGGUGUCAGGUGGAGCCUUAUACCAGCCAGUUACCAUGGUAACCUCCCAGGGUCAGGUGGUCACCCAAGCAAUCCCCCAGGGAGCCAUCCAGAUCCAGAACACACAGGUUAACCUUGACCUCACCUCCCUCCUGGACAAUGAGGAUAAGAAGUCCAAGAACAAACGAGGAGUCUUGCCCAAGCAUGCCACCAAUAUAAUGCGUUCUUGGCUCUUCCAGCAUCUCAUGCACCCCUACCCCACGGAGGAUGAGAAGAGGCAGAUUGCAGCCCAGACAAACCUUACCCUCCUGCAAGUAAAUAACUGGUUCAUCAAUGCCCGGAGGCGCAUCCUGCAGCCCAUGCUUGAUGCCAGCAACCCAGACCCUGCCCCUAAAGCCAAGAAGAUCAAGUCACAGCACCGGCCCACCCAAAGAUUCUGGCCCAACUCCAUUGCUGCGGGGGUGCUGCAGCAGCAGGGUGGUGCCCCAGGGACAAACCCCGAUGGUUCCAUCAACUUGGACAACCUGCAGUCCCUGUCCUCAGACAAUGCCACCAUGGCUAUGCAGCAGGCUAUGAUGGCUGCACACGAUGACUCACUGGAUGGGACAGAAGAAGAGGAUGAGGAUGAGAUGGAAGAGGAAGAAGAAGAGGACCUGGAGGAGGAGGCCGACGAGCUGCAGACGACGAAUGUCAGCGACCUGGGCUUGGAACACAGUGACUCUCUGGAGUAGUCGGGCAGCCCAGAUGGCACUGAUCACCAAGCAGGAGAGGAGUGUCGUCAGAAGGGCUUCAGGGUGCGAGGGAAGGGGACAUGGGCAGGCAGCACCAAGGAAGUUGGGCCUUAGCUUCCCAAAAUCAGUAGCUUGAAGAAAUGCAGAAGAGACACCUGCUCCCUCCCAACCACCAAGCUUCGAUGAGGACCCAGCCCCACUUCCCUAGAACUGCGGAGGACUCCAUCUAGCGGAGCCAGUCACGUAGCCUGUAUGGAAAGGCAGGAGUGAGAUCUGGACUCACCAAAUCCCUGAGGACAAAUGGCAUCCAUGGCCCUCCACUGAAGGACUUGAGUUGUUUACAAGCCCUGCACUGUGAGGUGGAUCGGUGCUGUUGGCAGAGUGAACCUUUGCCAGGGGACAGAGUUAGGAGGAAAGGGAGAGACAAAGGGGGUUUGGGUUUUACCCUCAGAAGGUUCUUAGCUCCUUUGAGAGACAUUCAAGGGUGGGAGGGAGCCCAAAAACAUAACCAGUGGCUGGAGGAGUGGGGGGACCUGAGACAUCACAUCUUGCAGAUCUGAGUGGGGCCUGGAUUCCUUCAGGCUCCAGCUCAUUCCUCCAAGACCCUACUCUGGGCAGGGGCAGCCAUGGACUUGGGAGAGAGGGAUGGGAGUGAGCAGAGCCGCCUCCUCUCUCCCCUAGAAACAGACGGUGAGCUGGUGGGCUCAGAUUGUAGGAGGUUAAGAGGAGUCCCUUCACCUGGGUUGGCUCCAGGACCCAAGGAGAUGGCUGAACCUGGGCUAGGAGCCAUAUCAAGGUGACUUUGGGGACCACAGCCAUCCCUGGGUGGUCGCAGAACUCAGCUUCUAUAACAACAGGACAGUGGUGUCUUAUCCCAAAUGUUCCAGCCCUCAGAUGGAGCUCCUCAGAUGUUCUACCCCCUUCAUAGACCAUCAGAGAGGGUGGAGCCAGGUUAGCUUGGAAUCUGUCCACCCCUCAAGUCCCUCAUGGCCGUCCCUCUGCUCCCAGGCUGGCUCCAUCGGCCUCUGUCCUCUCUUCUUCAUUCUAUCCUUCAGAGAAGGCAGAAGAAACAUUGGAAAGAAGCAUCCAGCCCAAUGGGAAGCCGGGGGCUGGAGAAGGUGCUACAUCCCUCCUCCCUUCAAUAUCCAAAGGUGGGGGAGGGCCCAGAGAAACGGACCCAGGAGCCAAUUGGUGCCCCACCCUGCCUGCCUCACUGUUCUACACACUACCACCAUACACAGCACAGGAGGAACUGGGGCCCCGUGAGCAGCAGGCUGUCCACCAUCUGCCCUAACACACACACUCCCACCCCAACUUCCAGGCCAUCAUGAUUGGCACCCCCUCUUCCCGGCCCCUCUCACCCCAUGGCUAUGAAUGACAGGACUGAUGACACGUGUGUUUUCCAUUGGAUUUAAUUUAAUGGACCUGCAGUUUCAUUUGUAAAUUGUGCAUCAGCCAUCUCCUUCAGUGGCAGGAUGUGAGUGGCUGCCUGGCUCAACUUGAGGGGACCCUCAGGGCCCUGUGGGGCUUCCCCUCCCCCACCUGGUUGGGGCGGAGCAAAAGGAUGGUUGCUUUCCUGAGGUCUCCCUGAAAUGAAUGUAUUUCUCCCCCAAAAGAGCUGAUAUUUAAUGUUUUAAUAGGGAUUUUUGAGAAACAAAUAACCUUAUUUAUAAUCUGGGUGAUCCAAUCAUUUUUUACUCCCUUUUGAUGCUAUAGGUAGAGGAAAGUCUAGCUUUUUUGGCGUGAGACUUUUGCAACGUGCAGUGGGAUAAAAGACAUUGCCUUUUCUGGUUCUUUUGUCUUGUUAAAACACACACACACACACACACACACACACAAACACCCUUCCACUUACCACUUUGGACAGGCGUCCCACCCCAGCACAGGCACACCCGCACACACGUGCCCCUGCGUGUCCUCCUCCCAGCCCCCUCCACCCGCCUAAUGUUAUGCAACCUCCUUCUGAUGUAUCCACCAAACCAGUACUGAAUGUGGCCGAGUUUUCAGUAAAUAUUAUUACCUACCGUAA